GGCUGGCCACCACCUUGAUGGAUGCCACCACAGACAAGGACCCCCUGGUCCAGGAGCAGAUCUACAAGGCCCUGUGCUACCUGGGGGAGUCUGAGCCCGAGGAGAUCCUCAACUCCUGCGACGAGUACCUGCGGCAGCACGACAAGCUGGCCUAUCCUCACCGGGUCAUCAUCCUCAAGGCCAUGGAGACCGUGGUGAAGGAGAACAUCUCCCUGCUGGACAAGAGCACGGCCAAGGUGGUGAUUUUCCUGGCGUCCAACGAGAUGACCAAGUCCAAGGAGGUGGUGAGGGACUGGCAGGAGGCAGCCAGCAACGUCCUGGUGGCCGUGGGGCAGCGUUUCAUCAACAAGGUGAUGGAGGAGGUGCUCUCCAAGUUCCAGCCCGGGAUCCUGCCCCACUAUUUUGUCCUGCAGACCUUUGCAAACCUCUCGGUGUCCAACGUGUUUGGAAUGGUGCCUUUCCUCAACUCCAUCCUGGGGACCAUGCUGCCCAUGCUGGGCAUGGCCAAGCAGGACCACAUGAAGUCUGUCUUCUGCUACGCCCUGCAGCACUUCAGUGAGAGCAUCCAGGAGUACCUGGCCAACCUGGACAAGGCCCCCGACCCCACGGUCAGGAAGGACACCUUCUCCAAUGACAUCUUCAGUGCCUAUGAGGUGCUCUUCAGCAGCUGGCUGCAGCACAGGGAGCCCAAGCUGAGACUGGCCGUGGUGGAGGCUCUGGGACCCAUGAGUUACCUGAUGCCCGGGGAGAAGCUGGAGGAGCAGCUCCCAAAACUGAUUCCAGGCAUCCUCAGCCUCUACAAGAAGCACACGGAGGCCUUUUACAUAUCCAAGAGUCUGUGCCAGAUCCUGGAGGCUUCUGUCAACAUGGGCAGCCGCAGCCUGGACGUGCAGCUGGAGCCUCUGCUGGGGACCCUGCACCCCCAGCCCUUGGCUCCCCAGCCCUGGGGUGUCCCCAGCCCUGGGGUGUCCCAACCCUUGGCUCCCCAGCCCUGAGGUGCCCUUGGCUCCCCAGCCUGCUCCUUCCCGGACCGGGUGCUGACCUUCCUCCUCCCCAAGCUGGAGAGCAGCAACGAGAGGACCCGGGUGGGGACCCUGCUCAUCAUGAGGCAGAUCAUCAACAGUGCCCCCUCUCAGAUGGAGAUUAAAAAGCCUUUCAUCCUUUCUUCUAUGAGGCUUCCCCUGCAGGACUCCAGCAACAAGGUGAGGGGAGCUCCUGCUCUGCAGGGCUCUGCUCCCCAGGAACCAAGAGGGAACGCUGCCAGCCCUGCUGCUGGAUCCCUGCUCACCUGGGCUCUCCCCCUUUUCCAGCAGCCCAGGAAGCAGCCCCUGGAUGCUGACGACCUCACCAGUGACAGUGUCCGGAGCAUCAGCAUCAACACCCUGUUCCUGCUCAGCACCACCGUGCACAGGAUGAGCAACGUCCUGUGGCCCUACCUGCUGGAGUUUGUCACCCCCCUGCAGUUCACCAACGCCCUCACCCCCCUCUGCAAGAGCCUCAUGUACUUGGCCAUGAAGAAGCAAGAGGAGGGAGAAAAGGCCCCGCUCAUCCGCUACGACCUGAACGCAAACCUGCCCUCUCCCUACGCCCUCACGACCCGGCUGCUGGUGGUCUCCUCGCAGCCCUUCCUGGGGGAGAGGCGGGGCCGCGGGCGGCUGCUGCUGGUGCUGCCCCGCAGCCUCCACCCAGCCCUGCAGCCCCUCUGGGCCAAGAGGCUCCCUCUGCUGCUGGAGCACAUCGAGGAGAACACAGAGGAGUCCCUGUCCCAGCAGGAGUGGGAGGAGAAGCUGCUGCUGAACUUCCUGUACAGAUGCAUUGGGACAGCCCUUGGUGCCUGCACCAGCAAAGACUUUGUGCAGAAGCAGCUCCAGGAGCUCCUGGAAACAGCCAGAUACCACGAGGAGGCAGAAAGGGAGGGACUCGCGUCCUGCUUCGGGCUCUGCGCCGUGAAGCACCUGGGGGAGACCCUGGCCAAGCUGGAGGAGUUUGUCAAGUCUGAUGUCUUCAAGAAAUCCGUGGGGCUGUUCAGUAUCUUCAAGGACCGCAGCGACACCGAAGUGGAGAAGAUCAAGAGCAGCCUCAUCCUCUGCUAUGGGUACGUGGCUGUUCAUGCUCCCAAGGAGCUGGUGCUGGCCAAGAUCGAGGCAGACAUCCUGAAGAACAUCUUCCAGUACUUCAACACCAAGGACCUGACCCUGAAGCUCUGCCUCAUCAGGAGCAUCUGCAUGAUCAGCCAAGCCAUCUGCAAUGGGGGGAAGUGUGGGGACUUCAUCUUGUCCCGUAAAGCUGAGCUGGUGGCCCAGAUGGUGGAGUUCCUGAGGGCCGAGCCCCCCGACGCGCUGCGCACGCGGGUCCGGCAGCGCGCCAUGCUCACCUGCUCCCACCUGCUGGCCCUGGAGCCCCAGCUGAGUGACCCCGACAGGACGGAGCUGGUGGACACGUGCCUGGCUGGGGUGCUGGCCCUGCCCCCCGACAGCGGCAGGGAGCGGGACGAGAGCGGGGCUGAGAUGCUGUAUGAUGACACCAUGAGUGCCCUCAAGGACCUGCUGAAGAGGCUCCUGCAGAGGAACUUGACCCCCCACGGGCUGCAGGACAUGUUUGCACACUUGGGCCCCUGGAUCAGGUCCCCGAGGGAGCAGGAGCGGCAGCGCGCGGUGCAGCUCAGUGCUGCCCUGCUGGGCUUCUACCUGGGCGAGCUGAACGUCAGUGUGAGCUACGCCCGGGACUACAGAGAUGAGAUGGUGGAAGGGCUGAAGGCUCUGAAGAAGGGCCUGGAGGAGCCCGACUUCACUGUGCUCUUCCACACCUGCAGCAACAUUGCCACGGUGAUCGGGAGACGCGUCCCCCCCGAGCAGCUCCUGAGCCUCCUGCUCUCCCUGUUUGAGGGGCUGGGGGACCCCGACACCAACUGCUCCCGGGCAGCCACUGUCAUCAUCAACUGCCUCCUGAAGGAACGUGGGGGAGUCCUGCAGGAGAAGGUUCCUGACAUCCUGAGCAUCAUCCACAGCAAGCUGGAGGAGGUGGAUGAGGAGCACGUCCGGAAGGCAGCCCAGCAGACUGUCUUCAUCCUGGCCUCCCAGCACCAGAGCCUGGUGGUCUCCAGCCUGCUGGGCAGCCCCCUGCCCUUCGACAGCCACACCUGUGCCAUGUGGAGGUCCCUGGCCAGCGAGCCCACCCUGACCUCCCAGGUCCUGGAGCAGCUCCUGGAGAAGCUGAACAGGGACGUGCCCUACAAGGAGAGCAGGGGGUUCCUGCUGGGCAGCAGCUCGGAGCGCGUGGCCACCGUCCUGCCCCUGCCAGCCACAUGUGCUCUGCAUGAGCUCAUGUCGGCGGCGGCGGCGGGGCCGGCGGUGCUGGGGCUCUUCCCGCUGCUCUUCGUCACCCUGGUGCUGCGCCUCAGCUGCAGCCUGGGGUUCAAGAGGAAGUUCUGCCCUCAUUUCCAGUUUAAGCCUCUCGUGGCUUCCUAG